CGUGACAGUCUGACAUGUCUAAUGAUGAUAUCUCGUAGCAAGUUUUAGAGAAUAUGUCAACACAGAAGAAAUCUUCCUCUACUGCUAGGAACAAAAAGAUUUCAGUGUCAAGCCCUGCUCGCAAAUCAAGCGAAGGAGUCGUUGGGGAUCAUUUUUCUCAGGCUAAAAUCAAGGAGCUUGAGCAGCAAGUUUCAGAUCUUAAGAAGCGCCUAGAUGAACUACGCAAAGCAAAAAACACUACCAUCAUUAAGAAGGACAAAGAAUAUGUAACUACGGGAACACCAAAAGCCUCUUCCAUAAAUGCUUCUACAGGAUCACCAGGUCUCGCUGAUUACCAUAAGGAGAGGGCAACUUCAUCUGACACAUGUGCAGUACCUCAAAAUAAGCUCCAAGAGGAGGAUGUCAGAAUAUUACAGAAAAAUAUCGCCUCUUUGAAAGAACUUCACAAAGCUGAGCUCGAGGAACUGAGAAAAGAAGUAGAGAAGCAGGCCAGACAGUCAGACUCAAACAUGGCAGCUGAACUCGAAAAACUCAAACAGGAAAAUGAGGAACUUCAGAAAGAAAAUAGAUUGUUGCGUACCAGGGAAACAGGACUUCAACUGCAGGUUGAUAAUUUGUUGGAAGAACUAAGCAGGAAAGAAGCAGAAUGGUGUUCGAAAGAGGAAAAGCUCAUGUUAGAGAUAAAGACUUCUUGGGGUGAAAAGUACCAACAAUGGAUGGCUCAGACAGAACAGAAGAUUGAAGAACUGCAGGCAGCCAACGAUUUUCUGAAAAGAUUGCUACAAGAGAAGAACCAGCCCAGUAUGAACUGAUGAUGCUUUGAGAAUAGAAGAGCUUCAAAUGAUGGGAUAGCUGCAGUUAGUUAUCUACUUUCGCGGCGAAAACUGUAGCCUCUACUUUUCUCGAAAAGAUUCAACGGCCCACGGUCUCCCAGAUAGAGCCAUUACCGGCGUGGCGAGUAAGAAGGGCAGCAGUGAGCAGAAUAGAUCACACAUUCCUCGGCGCUCAUGGCGAGAAGUUAUUGAAACCUCUGAAGGAGGGAGGAAGCAAGCAUGAUAACAACAACAACCACAACAACGACUGAAACCAUGCAAUCACCACAUGACCACUCAUGUUUUCCUCCGCUGCGGGCAGUUUUGCAUCCUGUCCUUGUCUUGGUUAUGUUUGUUCCGGUUUGCACUUGUGAUUACUUCGAUUCUAGUUUUGCGACUCUCAAUCGAAAAGCGGAAGAAAAACCAAGAUAACCACCUUUAGACAACAUUAUUACGAGCUAAGAUUUGAUUUUAAAGUGUAACUAAGUGCAAAGUGUGAAAGCAAUCGUGAAUAUUCGGUUAUCGCGAUUUCAAAACACAAAUGGCUUCCGAGCCUUAGACCCGCGGAGAACAAUGUGUGCACCGUAUAUCCAUGAAAACCCUCAAUGAAACCUUUUUACAUAUUUAAGUUAUGAUGAUUUUACAUUUCAAAAGACAGAUCCGUUGUGUUGGUGGAUGUAGGAAGAUAAAUAUUAUGCCCUUACAAACUUUCAAAAUAUCGAGGACAAUUGAAUGAGGAAGUCGAAAGCUAUCGACUGCGUAAUUUAAAGUUGAUUUUUGUUGUGUACUCUUUUAAAUUAGA